AUGGGUUUACUCGACAUUGUGUUAUUACCGGCGACAAUGAACUUUUGCUAUCCCGCUAUUAAUGCUGCACUGGAAGCAGCUCGGGAUAUUAAGGCACCGCUUAUCAUUCAGCUCUCGCAGUGUGGUUCCCAGUUUUAUGCUGGUAAAGGUUUGAGCAAUGAAGGACAACAUGCUUCUAUUGUUGGUGCUAUCUCAGCAGCUUAUCAUGUCCGUCGUGUUGCUAAAGAGUGUGGGAUUCCUGUAGUCUUGCAUUCUGAUCAUUGUGCUAAAAAAACUUUUACCGCGGCGUCUAUAAACCAGGAAAUUGAUGCUGUCAGUUAUGGUGUUGUGAAAAUGAAUGUUGAUACCGAUACUCAGUGGGUUUACUGGGAAGGUAUAAGGAAUUUCUACGAAUCUAAAAAAGGGUAUCUUCAGACGCAAGUCGGAAAUCCCGAAGGUCCAGAUAAACCAAACAAAAAGUAUUAUGAUCCUCGUGCGUUUAUUCGUGAGGCUGAAAAAAAGUAUGGCGAAACGUGUGCAGCAGGCCUGGAAAUGUUGAUCGUCUAUAAUAAUCCAUCUUGUUAG